AUGUCGUACAUAGUCCCGAUACACCGGGCGAGCAGCAUUCGCCAUGCGCUGAAGUUGCAGUUCAUGAAUCCAGAGGAGGAGUGCCUGGUUGUCGCGAAGGCAAAUCGGCUGGAGGUCUACACUCUCACUCCGGAUGGAUUAAGCCUGGCUGCAUCGUGCACCCUCUACGCCAGAGUGACAAUGCUGGCCCGAUUGCCCGCGCCGGCCAACUCGCCAACCGACCAUCUAUUCGUCGGGACCGAUCGCUACACCUACUGCACACUGUCAUGGGACAGCUCACAGAACCAGAUUCGUACGGAGCGCAAUUAUGUCGAUGUUUCGGACCCGUCAUCGCGGGAAUCGCAGACAGGUAAUCGGUGCUUGAUCGAUCCGAGCGGCCGCUUCAUGACGCUAGAGGUCUACGAGGGACUCGUUGCUGUGAUACCCAUCGUUCAAUUGCCCGGUAAAAAGAGAGGAAGAGCCCCUGCUAUGCCUUCCGGCCCCGACGCACCCCAGGUGGGAGAACUCGGCGAGUUGACGACCGCGCGCAUUGAUGAGCUCUUUGUGCGCUCGUCGGCGUUCUUGCAUGUGCAAUCGGGGCUACCACGCCUCGCUUUACUGUACGAGGAUAACCAGAAGAAAGUCAGGCUGAAGGUUCGCGAGCUUCAGUACACCGCGGCGACGUCCAGCUCGGGCGCCGAUGCAACAUUGGCGGAUUUGGCAGACUUCGCACAGGAGUUGGACCUUGGGGCGUCUCAUCUCAUACCGGUUCCUGCUCCAUUGGGUGGUCUUCUUAUUUUGGGUGAAACAUCAAUCAAGUAUGUGGACGACGACAAUAAUGAGAUUGUUUCCCGACUUCUGGACGAGGCAACCAUUUUCGUCGCCUGGGAGCAGGUGGAUAGCCAGCGAUGGCUAUUGGCCGAUGAUUACGGCCGACUAUUCUUCCUUAUGCUUGUCUUGGAUUCAGAAAACCAGGUACAGGGAUGGCAGCUGGAUCACCUAGGGAACACCUCAAGAGCGUCGACUUUGGUCUAUCUAGGUGGCGGGGUUAUAUUCGUGGGAUCUCACCAAGGCGACUCCCAGGUUCUCCGCGUCGGAGAUGGGUCCUUUGAGAUAAUCCAAACUCUGCCAAACAUUGCCCCCAUUCUGGACUUCACAAUUAUGGACCUUGGCAACCGCACGAGCGAAAGUCAGACACACGAAUUCUCCUCUGGCCAGGCUCGAAUUGUCACUGGUUCCGGCGCGUUUGAUGAUGGGACACUGAGGAGCGUCCGCAGCGGUGUCGGAAUGGAAGAACUAGGUGUUCUCGGUGAGAUGGAACAUAUUACAGACCUGUGGGGUCUCCAGUUCAAGGCGAAGGGCGACUUCUUGGAUACUCUCCUCGUCACAUUCAUCGACGAAACCAGGGUAUUCCAUUUCAGCUCAGAUGGCGAGGUUGAGGAAUUGGACCAGUUCCUCGGGCUGAGCCUAUCAGAGAACACGCUUCUUGCGGCCAAUCUCCCCGGCGGUCGGAUACUCCAGGUGACUGAACGGAGAGUCCUAAUCGCAGAUAUGGAAAGUGAAAUGGUCACCUAUGAGUGGACGCCAUCGGACCAGCUCAUUAUCACUUCCGCUUCCGCCAACGAGGACUCUGUCGUUCUUGUUGCUGGCGGAGAGCUUAUGACGGUUUUUGAUAUCAGGAACAAUGUGCAGAUUGUCACACAAAAGAACUUUGGUGCAGACUCUCAAAUUUCGGGAGUUACAGUUCCAUCGUCUCCGACUGGUGUCUGCAUUGUUGGAUUCCCCCAGUCCGCGAAAGUAUCCGUGCUGAAACUCCAAGAUCUGACGGAACUCCAUGCGACAUCACUGGGUCCAGAGGGUGAGGCUUUCCCGCGUUCGGUCCUUGUUGCAAACGUUCUCGUGGAUAGUCCUCCCACUAUAUUCAUCUCCAUGGCCGACGGAAGUGUCAUCACUUAUUCGUUCAAUGCCAACGACUACUCUCUAACUGGAAUGAACAAACUGAUCCUGGGAUCGGAGCAGCCGACUUUCAAGAAACUGCCAAGAGGCGACGGGUUAUACAAUGUCUUUGCAACAUGCGAGAAUCCAAGCUUGAUCUAUGGUUCUGAAGGCCGCAUCAUCUACUCUGCAGUCAACUCUGAGGGAGCCUCCCGAGUGUGCCAUUUCAACUCCGAAGCAUACCCUGAGUCAAUUGCCGUGGCCACAUCUCACGAACUUAAAAUCGCUCUUGUCGACAAAGAAAGGACCACACAGAUCCAGACUCUCCCAAUGGGUGCGACUGUCCGCAGAGUUGCUUAUUCACCCUCUGAAAAGGCAUUUGGUAUUGGUACAAUUGAGCGGAAACUCGAAGAAGGCGCGGAGAUAGUCAAGAGUCAAUUUGUCCUGGCCGAUGAGAUACUGUUCCGCCGUCUUGAUGCCUUCGACCUCAGAAGUGAAGAAUUGGUGGAGAGCGUCAUCCGCGCCGAGUUCCCCGUGGGCAAGGAUGAAAAGGGGCGCGAUAUGUUCAAGGAUCGAUUCGUUGUCGGCACGGCGUAUUUGGACGAAGACGAAGACCGGGAUUCGAUCCGCGGGCGCAUUCUGAUGUUCGAGGUUGACAAUGGGCGCAAGCUCACCAAGGUUGCUGAACUGGCAGUCAAAGGCGCGUGCCGUGCGCUGGCCAUGCUGGGAGAUAAGGUUGUGGCUGCACUUGUAAAGACGGUUGUGAUCUACAAAGUCACCGGGAACAACUUUGGUGCAAUGAAGCUGGAAAAACUCGCCAGUUACAGGACGUCAACCGCACCGGUGGAUAUUACAGUUACAGACAAUGUGAUUGCGGUGUCCGAUCUCAUGAAGAGCUCGUGUCUCGUGGAGUACAUCGAGGGUGAAGACGGUCUCCCCGAUUCAUUGAAAGAGGUGGCUCGUCACUUCCAGACUGUUUGGGCGACUGGCAUCGCUUGCAUAGCGCCACACACUUAUCUCGAGAGUGAUGCAGAAGGAAACCUGAUCAUCCUUCGUCGCAAUCUGAGCGGGGUCGAGGAAGACGACAAACGCCGACUGGAAGUGACUGGUGAGAUUUCGCUGGGUGAAAUGGUCAAUCGUAUCCGACCUGUCAACAUCCAACAGUUGGCAAGUGUCACGGUGACCCCACGUGCGUUCUUGGGAACGGUUGAGGGUUCAAUCUACCUCUAUGCCAUUAUCAACCCCGAACAUCAGGACUUCCUGAUGCGUCUCCAGGCGACAAUGGCCGGCAAGAUUGAAUCGCUUGGAGACAUGCCCUUCAAUGAGUUCCGUGGGUUCCGUAGUAUGGUGCGAGAGGCCAAGGAGCCUUACCGGUUUGUGGACGGAGAGCUGAUUGAGCGGUUCCUGACCUGCGAACCGAGUGUGCAGGAGGACAUUGUCAACUCGGUGGGAAUGAUGAACGUUCACGACGUCAAAGUUAUGAUAGAAGCGUUGAGGCGGUUGCACUAG